CCGGUGUUACCCGGGGCCGGGAGCACAGUCCUCUCCCUGCGCUCCCGCCGAGUUCCCCACGCUGCUCCGCCGCACUUUGGCUCUUGGACCCUCCGAGGGCUUCGGCUCGCGAUGGCGCUCACUGCGGCCACCAACUUUGGAAUCGGCUUCCUCGCGCUGUUUGUGCUGUCCGGCUGCACCUGGGCCGCGCGAGGCGAAAAUGGUCUUUCUCUUUACUUUGAAUUCUCCAUCACACCAAAGCCCAAAUUUGGACAAUCAUGGUGUGAGUUUGGAGGUAAGGUCAAUGGAGGAGAGAAGUAUCUUUCCUAUGGCUGUGGGAGCAAGAAGGUCGAACUCGUUGGUCCUCUGGGGAUGAAGCUGAAUGACACAGAGUCCUGGGAGAGACAGAUAGAAACUGUGAAAGACCUGCUAGAAGAGCUCAAAAAGAAACUUCUUGACAUGAAAGCAGAGGAUUUCCCUCACAGCGAUUCUGUCUCCCUGCAGGGCACGAUGGUGUGUAAGUGUGGGGACAAUGGACGCACCAGCGGAUCCUGGGAGUUUCACACCAGUGAACAGAUAUCCUACUUCUUUAACUCGACAAGUGGAAAUUGGAGAGUUCAUCCUAGAGGCCGACAGCUAAGGGCCGCAUUUGACACUGACAGAGAUUUGACCAAUUGCCUCAUGAAGAUCUCAAAUGGAGACUGUAAGAAGUGGCUUGAGCAAAUAUUGGUGCACUGGGAUGAAAUACCGGAGACAUCAGCACUGCCAGUCAUGCAGCAAGUCCCAGCCCUGUCCAGGGCCACGGCCUUCAGACCCAUCAUCUGGAUCCUCUCCAUGAUUCUCAGCUGCAUCAUCAUAAUUGGCACUGGCCAGUCCCUCGAAGACAAGGAUGAUCCCAGUAAAGGAAUGGUGGAGUCUGCCUACAAAAUGGCUCUCAGUGAUUCUUGCCUCCUGGUGUACAUGGUCCUGUCCCAGCAGCGUGCGGCGCAGGACACACCCCCUAAGUGGCCGGGGCCGGGCGCCCUCCCGGGUCACCGCCAGGACUGUGAGCGACAGUCGCGUCAUCCAGCCCCGCCCAGGGACGCUCUGGGGGCCCCUCCGGAGAAAACAACAGAAAGCGAAAACCCUCGAAGAAGCGACUUUCAGAAAAGUUUCGAGGCUGGCGUCACCACCGAUGACCGCAAAGAGAGAGGAAGUCGUGCAGCACUUCCCCGGGUGGUCCUGUCCCCGGGGACAGAGGAGGCAGCCUGGUCCGGGCGGGGCAGGACGGCCACAGACCCCUCCCCGGGGACCGCCGAGCCGCCGCCACUCCAGGAGAGGAGUGAGAAGGGGGGAGGGAGCUGGGCGGGGAGGAAGACCCCGGGGUCUUUCCCAGGGUUGCGCCAGAAAUCAUCGACCCUGAGACUUGAACGGGGUGGGCGAAAGGGGCCGCAGGUUGAUAAUCAAAGACCUGUUGGCCUUGACCUUGCUCCUCUUGCUCUUGGAGGAGUUUGCAGCAGGCAGGUGAACAGAAGCUAA